ACACACAUUGCAGAAGAGAAACCUGACGAGAGACUGCGUCUUUAGCCAUCAAUAUGUCCAAAGUUUUCAAGAAGACCAGUGGCAAUGGACAUAUUGCCUUGUAUUUGGGGAAGAGAGAUUUUGUGGACCACCUGGAUUCAGUGGACGUGGUUGAUGGAAUUGUAAAAGUGGACCCGUCUGGUCUUGACGGCAAAAAAGUCUUCGUAUACCUUGCGUGUGCCUUCCGCUAUGGAAGUGAGGACCUGGACGUGAUCGGGCUGUCCUGCAGGAAAGACAUCUGGAUAAAUCGGGUCCAGGUGUAUCCGGCCACAAACGGCGGUGUGUCAAAAACGCCAAUGCAAGAAUCCCUCCUGAAGAAAGUCGGGGACCAAGGGUAUCCCUUUACUUUCCAGAUGCCACCAAACCUCCCUUGCUCCGUCUCCUUACAGCCUGGGCCAAAUGAUGCUGGCAAGGCUUGUGGGGUGGACUUUGAGGUCAAAGCGUACAUCGCCAACGAAGAAAACAGCGCCAGUGAAGUCAUUGAGAAAAAGGAUACUUGUCGCCUGAUGAUCCGAAAAAUCCAGUACGCACCAACCAAAAACGCCGCAGGACCAAAGGCGGAAAUAACCAAGCAGUUCAUGAUGUCGGACAAGCCCGUUCACAUGGAAGCUUCCCUGGACAAAGAGAUCUAUUACCACGGCGAUCCCAUCACUGUCCAGGUCAACAUCAACAAUGAAACCACUAAAGUUGUGAAGAAAAUCAAAGUCACAAUCGACCAGCUGACCUCUGUGGUGCUGUACUCGUCUGACAUGUACACAAAGGCUGUCUUGUCAGAGGAGUUUGGGGAGACAAUUAACGCCAACUCCACGUUCGAGAAGUCGUUCCAAGUCACCCCGCUGCUGGCCAACAACAAAGAGAAGCGCGGACUCUCGGUGGACGGGCGGCUAAAGGACGAGGACACUAACCUGGCGUCCACUACCUUGAGCCUUGACAACAGGGACAUGCAAGGCAUAGUGGUGUCCUACAAAGUCAAAGUCAAUCUAAUGGUGUCUGGAGGAGGCCUUCUGGGUGGCCUAACAUCAAGUGACGUCACAGUAGAGCUUCCGUUGACCUUGAUGUCCCCAAAACCAGCAGGUGAGUUUAGCAUCACUCAAUUAAACACAAAUAAAAAUCUGAUGCGCUGUUAUUCUCUUUCAUGCAACGUACGGCAGAAGUGUAAGUACACCUGGCAGAGAAACGUUCACAAGUGA